GAAUUAGAACAAGAGAAAACGAAGAAGGAAAAGGAAGAGAAGAAGCAAACAGACACGAAGAGGAAACGGAAAGUAAAAGGAUAAAAGAAGACGAGACGAACAACGAAAGAGCAGGAAAAGCAGAAGUGGAAAGGUCACUGAAAGAGAGGAAAAAUAAAGUAUAUGAAUACUGCAGAAGCUACCCUGUGAGGGAAAACCUGCGUAACACAAUUCAGAACAAUAUUUUCUUUCUCUGGGAAUACAAGGUCUCCACGUGUAUUAUUGAAAAGGUUGGUUCCAUGUCGUGGCGCCGGAGAAUAUGCAACCUGAACCACAUUAAGACAAAUACACACGAUCCCAGAAGAAGGCGUUUACUCAAGCGAUCCCACGAAGUCAUCUUAAGGCAUAUAGCCGCUACGUCGAGUAUUGUGACUGUGAGACAUCCGUUGACUCGAUUAGUGUCUUGCUACAGAGAUAAGUUUGAAAAUGGCGCUCAUCCAUCACUACAUGAGAGACACUGGAGGGACUUCUACAUGCCGACCUUAUUCUGCAACGGACGCAUCCCUCCAGAUCUACACCUUAAAGUAGGCCUACAAGAGCCUCUCGAUCCUGGUAAAUACUACCCAAUGAGCGUCUUCAUUGCGAUUGACAAGUUACUGCAACCAACUUUCACCUUUACGGAAUUCCUCCAUAAUGUCGUGCAGUCGUAUGCGGAGGGCAGAGUCAACCGGCACUGGAACACCUACACGGCCAUGUGUUCCCCCUGUACCGUGAACUACACCUACGUGACCAAACUGGAGUCCCAAGCACGAGAAAUGGACUACAUCUUCCCGACGGUAGGCCCUCGACCAACGGACACUAGGACAGACUAUUCUUGUCUUGCUACAGAGAUAAUUUUGAAAAUGGCGCCAUCCAUCACUACAUGGAGACACUGGGGGGACUUCUACAUGCCCCUUUAUUCUGAAACGGACGAUCCCCCCAAUUUACACCUUUAA